UUUAAAGAUUUGAUCACUGAGGGUGUUUACAUUACAAUGCAUUCAUUUCCUCAGAGUGAUCAAACAGCAUCAUCUAAAAUCUGACAGAUUAUCUCUCUUCUCCACCUCUCCAUCACUUUACUGAGAUGAAGGAAUUCACUGUGUGUGAAAUAAUGCUGUUCAUCAUCUCCAUUACUAGUUUAAUGCUUGCUGAAAGUUCAGGCUGUGGAGAGAGGCCUGUGGUGGGUCCACCUGGGGGCUCCCGUAUUGUAGGUGGGCGUUUUGCCCCAGAAGGUGCCUGGCCCUGGCAGGUCAGCAUACAGUGGACGUUCAGGCAUUUAUGUGGAGGAUCCAUAAUCAGCCAGCACUGGAUCAUCUCAGCAGCUCACUGCUUCAACAAGAGCAGGAUCUUCACAGGCUACUCUAGGCUGCAGGUGGUGGCAGGACUGCGCUCUCAGUCUAGGCUCGGGUCAGCUGUUCAGAGACGCUCUGUGGAGAGAGUGAUCGUUUACGAGGACUAUGACCAGACGCUUCAUGCGAAUGAUGUGGCUCUGCUUCGGCUCUUCUCUCCGCUGUUCUUCAGCUCUCACGUUCAGCCUGUCUGCACUCUUACAAACCAGGCGGAGGAGAGAGAGCUCGGCUUCACCUGCUGCUUCAUCAGCGGCUGGGGAAGCACCAUAUAUAAAGGGAGGCUGGUGGACACGCUGAGAGAGGCUGAGGUGGAGCUCAUCGACACGGAGACGUGUAACCAGAGAGACUGGUACAGAGGAUCUGUCACCAGCAGCAUGCUCUGUGCUGGACUGGAACAUGGAGGUGUGGACACCUGUCAGGGGGACAGUGGAGGACCCCUGUCGUGUUACAGUGAGGUCACAGGCAGAUUCUACCUUUACGGCGUGACGAGUCAGGGAGAGAACUGCGGUCUGCCCAGGAAACCUGGCCUGUACACCCGCGCUAGCUCUUACUCAGCGUGGAUCAGGAGAACACAGGAACACCCAUUCUCCUCAGCUGCAGAACUGCAGCCAGUCCAACACGUCCUCAUCUCCAUCCUCCUCUACCAGGCCUGGACCUUCAUCAUCUGAUCCACAUCUGACCAGAUACUGGGUCUUUCUAACAGAUGUGUGUGCUGAUAAAAGUGUGUUUAAAUAAAGCAUGUAAAAAAUGUUUUGCUAAGGUUCAACAUCAGUCUAAAUUGCCCUUUGUGUCUCAGCAUAGUUGUUUAAAUUUCAUACAAAUUCUAUGUAAUUUUGUCAACAUUUUCUCUGAAUAAACACAUUAUUAAAAAAAUAAUAAAGGAAUAUUAACCUUCACUUUAA